AAAAUGCCUUUACACACACGCCAAGAAAUUCCGUCACACGAGCCAAUCACUACUUUCUUUACUUACGUUGGGCCGGACUUUGUCAUUGAAUGACAACGGCGAUGUUGAUCUGUGUAUACCGUAAGCUUUCCCACGAGUCCCAUCUUGCUCUGAUAUACCAAAAGUGACACCGUCAGCGAAAGGACAGAAAGCCGACGUGAAGGACUGUAACAGUACCUGUACAUAUGGAGGGUUCAGAAAAAAUCCCCGAUGUGUCCUCCACAGCAUCGGAAACCAGAAAAAACUCGAAACCUGUAAUGGAAAAGAAAAGAAGAGCGAGAAUAAAUGCUAGUUUGGCGGAAUUGAAAUCCCUUUUAUUGGAUGUAAUGAAAUCUGAGGGCACUCGCCAAAAUAAAAUGGAGAAAGCUGAUAUAUUGGAAAUGACGGUUCGUCAUCUACGGCAAUUACAACGACAACAGUUUUCUGCAUUAAAUGCCACGGAUCCUGUUGUGAUUAAUAAAUAUCGACUUGGCUUUAACGAGUGUGCUAGUGAAGUUAGCAAAUACCUAUCCAAUACAGACGGAUUAAAUGCAGAAUUUCGAGCCCGACUUUUAAAUCAUCUGGCAAAUGUAACCAUGAAUGUAGAACCGGAAGAAAACAAGGAUUUAUCACCAAAGUCUUCUACCAUGAACAGAACUAAUUACAAUGCCCCUUACCCUAUAAAAACAAACAACUUAAACGUCGUUCAUUCCAACACCGGAAGUCCUUUAAAGGUGAAAGGGAAUCCUGUUCAAAUCUCAAAUAGUAUAGCAACAGAUGGUUUACAAAAUUUUGAGAAAAAUAACAAUGCACAGAAACUAGAAAAUGUGGUCUGUACUGAACAAAAUGUUACUUCAAAAGUAAUCCAUGGUGUUCACACUUUCCCAACACAGAUGUCUUCUGGAGAAGUUGCAUUCAUUAUUCCUGCAGCCAAUAUGUUGCAGUACGGAGCAAUACCAAAUUACGUCAUCCCUGUAAUACAGCCCCAGGGCGCCAUUCAGAUCGCCACCUCGUCCAGUAACAUCAUUCAAGCUCAGCAGACAAUGCCGAUCGCAUACUCAGGGACUACAUCUACGCCUCACAGCAUCGUUUCUUCUGUGGUUCCAAAUACAAGCUUCAUAACAUCCACAAACAACACUAUGAACCUACCUGUCGGUUUAGUAUCGUCUGAAAAUGGAGCUUUUGUGGUACAACAUCGCGAGCAAUCUCCCCAAUUCACGUCACUUCCUGUUACAACUAAUCAUACGCAAGUCACUCACGUGCAGGAUAUUGACUUGUCUUCAAACAAUAAUAACAAAGUGAAUGAAGGGGAAUCACCAUUUAGAUCCCGUGGAAUAGUGCCUUCUAUCAAACCUCGGAACCCACCACGAGAACUAGACAAAUCAGACCCAAUGUGGAGACCAUGGUGAACUCACUAAAGAGCCAGCGUUUCCUUAGCGCUACAUAUUAAAAUAUUUUUAAGACACUGUGGAAAUGUUUAUCAUUGAAUAAUUAUGAAGUUGUCUUAAAAAAUGGAAAAUGUAUAUGUUUACUUUUUUUUUCAAAUUUAACAUCUUACAACUUUAAAUGCUUUUAUAUUUAGUGCAAUGUGUUCAAUGAACUAUUACUAUGCAACACUGUGAUAUUUAUAUUAAAGUGCUUCGAUAUCAUUUUACAUUAUAGCUUUAUUGAGGAGAAUGUAUUUUUAAACUGAUGAAAUAAGUUUCAUCAUUCUAUUUGUCUUCCAAGAAAACGCAUUUAAUAAAGAGCCAGAUAUAAUA